AUGGAAGCUGAGCUUGUGGCAAUCUAUGAAGCUUUAUCCUACACACAGUCAAGUAAUUAUAACAAUGUCGUUAUUUUAACCGAUUCAAGGAGUGCGCUUCAACACCUUGCUCGGUGUACUUCGGUUUUCCGAGGCUUACCAGUAGCAUAUGCGAUUUUACAGCUUCUAGUUAAGUUACAGGCUGAUUCCAGAAUAGUAUAUUUACAGUGGAUACCUUCGCAUAUUGGCUUAGAGGGUAAUGAGAAAGCUGAUAUCUUAGCCAAGCAAGCUAUCUCUGAUGGCAUUGACAUUGAUAUUACCCCUUCAUUUCAAAAUUACAUACCUUUAUUGAAAAAAUAUUGUUAUGAUCUCUGGAAAGAAUAUUUUGACGAAAGAUCAAAAGAAAAGGGUAUAUGGUACCGUACGAUCCAGCCACACCCAAAGCAAUCAACCUGGAUAGAUAACAGAGUAUUGUGUAGACGCAACACUGUAACAGCAUUAAGACUCAGAUCUGGACACAUUCCAUGCAAUAAAUUUUUAUACUUGAUGCGAAAAAUUACCUCACCAAAUUGUUCAAUUUGUAAUAUUAUCGAUGAUGUUUAUCACAUUUUGAUAGAAUGUGCCCAGAACUCAAGAGAAAGAGCAAAUUGUAAUUUACAUUUGUCCUUAAUUGGUAGUAGUAACAGUAUUUUAUCCGACCCGUUAUCAGAUGAUGCCAAAAAACUGUAUUUGUUAGUUAAUAAGAGAUUAAGAAUUAUCGUUGUGAGUGCCUCAAAUCAUGUCAAUUUCUUUCGACGAGACUACACUUUCGUAGAAGAAUACAACGCAUUUUACAAAUUGCACUGGGCUGAUGACGCGGGUACGUGGGACGAAGCAUUUUUAGUCUGCGACUAUGAAGGAGCUAGCUUUUUUUAUCCCGAAGAUGUCGAUGAAUGGCGAAUUGCGAGAAAUUUAUCCGAUUCUCCCGACUUAGAAGGAAUCUUUGUUGGUGUUCAUGAUGAAUUAGGACGAGGAGAUUUGCUCUCUUAUGACGGAAAUUUCCUUCCAGAAUUUUCUGAAUUACACGUUUAUAGUCAAGAUGAUUCCGAACCGAAAUGCGUAGUCAUGUCGGUUAACACGGGCAGGUACAGCAUCGGUUCCUGUAAAAACAGAAAACCGUUUAUUUGCAAGAAAAAAGAUAAUGAGUAUUGUCCUACUGUCGAUGCAGGGUAUAUAUAUUCAAAAACUACGAAAAAAUGCUAUAAAGUGCACAAAAGGGAAACUACUUGGGAAGACGCCAUGCACACAUGCUACAUGGAAGGUGGCAUAUUGUCAACUGCCAUGCACAGCUCGGAAUUAAAUGAUAUAUUGAAAAUGAUUACAGAAGGACAACAAUUCUUUAUGGGAUUUAGAAUGAUCAUGCCAAACAAUAAUUUUUAUUCUAUUCGAGGUGAAAAAAUUAAUAUUUUUCCAAGAAAUGAAGGACACUGCGGUGUAGUGACGGUAAACGAAGGUGAUAACGGUUACAACAAUUAUAACCGAAUUGCUAAAUAUUCUACACAUCCCUGCUAUGAUACUUUACCAUUUAUUUGUGAACUCGAUGUAAAAUUGUAA